CCACACACCAAAUGUGACCAAGUUAAUCCCGCGGAAAAGGAAUCCUGGACGAAAGAACUACUAAAACACUCAGGUGUUGCCACUAGCUUGUGACAGUUGGUGGGUGUCAGCCAAGUACCGUCACACCUUCAGCCUAUACAAGGUCACGCCUAUCCCAAGAUGUCCCACGUGUCCCUCCAGGAGCUGUGGUGCCAGUGCCAAGGCAACGCCAGCGCCACGCCCCACCUGCUGAUCAUCCAGCAGAAGAUGCUGCAGCUGCACGAGGAGGCCCAGAGUCACGUGGUGUGGUACGUGCUCGCCGUGCUGGCCCUGUACCUGCUCGGCCUCGCUCUCAUCAUCGGCACGUCCGCCCGCUCCGAGCGCCUCAACGCCCACGCCGCCCUCUGCUUCUGCCUGCGCCGCUUCCUCUCCGCCGUCAUCACGCCCGUCAGCAAGCAGGGCGAGCGGCAGCAGCAGGAGCACCCGAAGAGCCCGAAGGCCCUCAGUCCGCCGAACAAAGAACGGUCUUCCGUCAGCGUCAUUUCCAGACCCUCGUUCGAUGCCCAUUUCAGGUGCAAUUCUUGGCCCCCCGAGAGAGUGCCGAGGGGGACGAUGCCACUGUGGUGAUGCCCCUACUUCGAUCCCCCUGUGGUGAUGCCUCUACGGUGAUGCCCUUGAGGUGAUGCCCCUGAGGUGAUGCCCCUGAGGUGAUGCCCCUGUGGGGAAGUUCCUGUUUUAGGCAUUAUUAAUGUCGUAUGUGUAGACUUAAAACGUUGCUCCACGAGUCUUAAUGUUUAAUUAUCUCUUAAUUUCGUUUUAUUUAUACGCUCAUAUCUCCUGUCAAGACUAUAUUGCAAAAGGAAUUCCAGUUGCAGCAGGAUAAAAGAUGAUUCUAAGAGGCCCUUAAUGAA